AUGAACUUCCUUCCACGUUUCUCUAGACAUGCUUUAAGGAUGAAGCCAUUGCGCUUCAUUGGAUUGAAAAAUACAAAACCGAUGAUUACCUCUCGUUUGGCAAGUAAUGGCCCCGUAAAGGAGAAACCCUCGUUGAAGAAACUGAUGCAAACGUACGGAUACUCAGCACUGGCGGUGUACUUGGGUAUUUCAAUGAUUGAUUUACCUCUUUGCUUCUUUGCAGUUCACUCACUCGGCGAAGAAAGAAUGAAGGUUUAUAUAAACAGGGUUAAACGAAUGUUUGGUUAUGGAAAGGAGGAACAGGAGCUCAUCGCUGAAGUCAGAGAUAAAAUUGCCCAUAAAGAACAGAAAAAGCUAUCAGGAGAAGAGGUUCAAAAUGCUUCUUGGUGGGAGAGAUUCAAGGAAAGUACUUUGUUGACGGAGUUUGUAAUCGCUUAUGGUCUCCACAAAAGUUUGAUCAUAAUUCGUGUCCCCCUAACGGCUGCCAUAACUCCUGCUACUGUGAAAGCUUUACAGAAAUGGGGCUUCAAUAUUAGCAAGUUCAACAAGAGCUUCAAGACGACUGGGGAAUCGGCAAAGAUCAGGUACAAGUCGGGCGAUCCCAAUGAUUUCAUCAAAGGAGCUCAGUUGCCCAAACAGAAACCAACCAAAGGGCAAAAGUGGUUUGAUGGAAUGAUGUAA